AUGGCAGAAGCGUUGAUGACGCGCGCGCAGGAUGCGCUGCUGCCGACAUGGCAGCGCUUGGCCAAGCUCUGGACCCGCCUGGGCCUGGAGGAAGAUGAACAGCUGGCGCGCCAAAAUGAAGUUGUGGGCCACAUUCAGCAGCUGGUGGAUGAGCUCGCGGCCGAGGAGCAGAAACAGUGUGACGCCAUCGUGCAGCUCGUCGCAGAGAAUCGGAUGAAGCUGCAAGGUUUACGCGCCGAGCUGCAGCUCGAAGACGCAGAGCCCCUCCUAACCGUUGACACGGAAUACUCACUGCUCCGCCUUGAUGCUGACCUCGAGUCUCGCGUACAGGAGCUUGAAGAAAUCAAAUUUCAGCGACUCGAGGAGCGCUCGUUCCUCGAGACACGCAUGGGAGGCCUGGCCAGAACACUGGAUCUGAGCCCAGAGGAGGCGCCCCUCUGUGCCGACAACGACAUCUCACAGGCCUGCAUAGAGCGCCUCAAAUCUCGCCUCCACGAAAUCGAGCGUGAGCUGGAGGAGCGGCAGUCAGCCGUGGCGCCUACCGUGGGAUCCAUUCAGGCCCUCUGGCACGAGCUUGCAUACGAGCCCGAGGAUGACUUUGAGCGAGGAGUGAUUGAGAACGUGGCCGCACUACCCCUGUCAGUUGAAAACAUCGGUCGCUUGCGCCACCUGCAAGACAAGCUCCAGCGUAUCAAGGACCAGCUGGAUGAAAUGGUGAAUUUGGCCUGGGUCAACCUGCAUCGUCGCUGGGCCGAGCUUGAAGUGGAUAUGAGCGCGCGCCGUGUCGUGUGUAAGCAGCUGGGCCUCCCAUCAGCUGCCGCACGCGAAGCCAAGGCGCAUACCCCGCCCCCCCACGGUGACUCCCUCCGCAUCAUCCGCGAGGCAAACUUGGGGCUGGACGAGAUUCAGCGGGCCAAGCUCCCGGUGGUUCUGGCCAAGCGCUAUCAAGCCCUUUGUAAGUGGUGGCGCAAAUGUUUCGUCGGUGAGAUUGAGCGUCAGGAAUUUCUCGAGGAUGAGCUGCAAAUCGACGCAGCCAAUGAAGACGAUGACGCUUGGCACCAUGUCCCUGAGGAACGGCGUGAAGAGGUGCUCCGAGCAAUGGAGGCAGCCAUUGCCAAUUUGCAGGAACAAUAUCAAUCCCAGAAGGAUUUGUUUGCGGCCGCCGACGUCAUAGAGUCCUAUCGAACAAAGCUGGCAGCUACGACCGACGAGGAUCGACUACGCAAUCGCGGUGGCCUACUGGCUCGCUUGGAUCGUAUGGCUAAGAGCGCAAAGCUAGCGGAACGGCGCAUUCAGGACUGGGAGGAUGAGCAUGGCGAAGUCUUCCUGGUGAACGGCAACCCGUAUCUGGAGACCUUGGAGGAUGAGCGACGUCGCCAGCAGGAGAAGCAACAUCUGGAGGCUGAACAACGUCGGCAACGCGCCAAGAACCAGACAGAACAUGAGAUGCUGUACGGCUCCACACCGCUGACCCCGCGUCGGGUCACCAAAGCGGUCGCACGCACGCCCACAAGUGCUAAGCGACGUAACACGGCGCUCACGGCCGCCGGCAAGACUCCAAAGCGGGUGCCUCUGAGCUUGCGUAAUGAGUCGACCGUCUCUUCGCCCAUGAAGGCACAGCCCAUGACUUCAUCCAAGCUGCAGGCCAAGGCUGCUCGGGCAAAGCAGGCUUCACCAGUCAAGAAGCUGUAUUCGCGCCAGUCACUAGCUCGAGGCUUGGGCUCCAUUUGUGGAGACAGCUCGACGGCACCCUGGCUUGAGCCUUCCCUCUCUGUGCUUUCGCCCACAUCCUUUGAGCGCGAGCUUCGCGGCAAUCUCAUGUCAACGCGAUUGGGAGACCUGGAUGACGAGGAGUGAAGGUGUCGGCACCCCAAUGUUUUCUGGCGGUGUUUCUUCGUAACUAAUAAGGCCGUGUCGGUGUAUGAUAGCCCAGACCCUUUGGCCAUGGUGGUCCAGUGUGUAGAAAG